AUGCGGGAAGAUGCACAGCACAACGACAUAGCAUCCACGGGAAAGAAGAUGGUCGACGUUCGAAUCGACGGCCGUGCCUUACGCAUGGAAACGGGCCCUGGAGCGCCCUGCGGAAUAAUCGCCGAAUCCAAACUACGACACAUCAAGCCGAAUUACUCGUUAUCGAAAACGGACAGACAGUUUUCGAGCUACACCGGGCAUCCUAUCAAUUGCCUAGGACGUAUUCCGGUGAAUGUAACUGUUGAAACUACAAACCGCCGGUUGAAUCUAUAUGUCGUAGCCGGGGAGUCUGACUCACUCUUCGGUCGUGAGUGGAUUUCUCAAUUCGUUGAUCAGAUCAACUUGAAUCGGCUGUUUUCUGAACCGGUCAACUCGAUCAGCAACUCUGGCCUGACAGCGGAACAAACUACUCGUCUCACGGCUCUGCUAGAUAGCUUCGAAGAUGUGUUUAACGAUGUUCCAGGGAAAUUGGCCCGAGAUGUGCCUCAUGCGCUGCGUGAACGAUACGCAGCUGAAAUCGACAAAAAACUGGCGUCAAGAUUCUUCAAGCGAGUGGAAUACUCCGAGUGGUCAUCCCCAACCCACAUCGUCGUUAAGAAAAAUGGAGAUUUGCGGAUCGCCGGAAACUACAAACCGACCAUCAACCCAAGAAUGGUAGUAGACGAACAUCCCAUACCGAAAAUAGAAACGAUUUUCAAUAAAAUGAACGGUGCUACAAUGUUUUGUCAUCUGGACGUGACCGACGCCUAUACUCACCUGCCAAUCGACGAGGAGUUCAGUCACACACUGACUCUGAACACAGCGACACACGGGCUCAUCAGGCCCACCCGAGCCGUAUACGGAGCGGCAAACAUCCCUGCAAUUUUGCAACGCCGCAUGGAGUCAGUCCUCCAAGGGUUGGACGAUGUCGUCGUCAGCUUCUAUGAUGAUAUCAUCGUGUUCGCAAAAGAUUUUGAAAGUUUGCUUCAAGCGCUGAGGGUCACACUGGACAGGUUGAGACGUAGUGGAUUGCACCUGAACCGAGCGAAAUGCGUUUUCGCUACAUCAUCCCUUGAUUGUUUGGGUCACAAGAUAGAUCGUCAUGGAUUGCACAAAUCGGACAAGCACGUUGAAGCCAUUCGUGAUGCACCUCGCCCGGCGACACCGGAGGAACUGCAGCUUUUCCUAGCUGAUUCAUUCGAUUGGUCACCCGAGGCCGAUCAGGCCUAUUUGGACCUGAAGGAAGUGUUGACAUCGCCCCAGGUUCUAAUGCAGUACGAUCCUACACUAGAGUAA